CUUGCGUUUCACAAUCACGGAUAUCUAUCUUUAACCAACAGAGGAUAGCUUCUUCCUUCUGAUCUAUCCGAGCCUCUUCAUACGUUUCGUUCUACUGCAAAUAUGAAACAACAUCAGGGUUCGGAAAAAAAGCAACGUAUCCUCAACGGUUAAAGAUAAUCCUGGGACUGUCACGUCUACGACUAACUAGGAAUAAUCUGUGAUUUCCGUUUCCUACCGCCAUUGCUGUCAGAGUUUCUUUUACUUGUCAGGCUUGGUUGAUAAGAUUUUACAAUAUGCAGUUGCAUAUCAGAGGGCAAUCGACACACGUCCUGGACGUCAAUGGCCAGGAGUCCAUUGGUCAGAUCAAGGAACGCAUUCGUACUCUUGCUGCAGUUGGCGAUGAAGACCUUACUCUAUCAUUAUGUGGAGCCCCUUUAGAUGAUUCAUGUCUUGUCUCUGAGCUCUCAUCAUCUGAACUAGACCUCACAGUGCCAUUGCUUGGUGGUAAAGUGCACGGAUCUUUGGCUCGUGCAGGUAAAGUCAAAGGACAAACCCCCAAAGUGGAAAAACAACAAAAAAAGAAGAAGAAGACUGGCCGUGCUAAGCGUAGAAUUCAGUACAACAGAAGAUUUGUCAACGUUGUGCAGACCUUCGGACGUCGUCGCGGACCCAACUCCAAUUCAUAGAUUUAUAAGUAAAUAAAAUGCAAAAGUAACAUCAAUUUUGCAAAAAAAUUUGGUUUUUAUUUGAGAGCCACCCGUGCUACAACUUCAUUAAAAUUAUUUUCUUCUUUUAGAAAUACUAUAGGCAUUAUGACAGAUUUUUUAUAACUGCAUCACUGAUUUUUCGCAAAUACUUUACUCAUAUUUUUUAAAAGCUUUAUGUGACAUGCCUUCGUAAACCAUUUAGUUUGUGUUUCCAUUAGUUCGGGCACAUUUGGUGUCAAAGGAUAUUAUUUAUAAUAGUAUUGAUGGUAGUGUUUAUACUUUGAAAAUCACCCUAUAAUCGUGAACGGUUGAAUGGAAGUCUGUCAUUUUUAAAGUAAGAAGGACAAAUUUCAUAUAACUGCUUCAGGUUAGAAAUAAAUGUGCACCUGAAUUAUGGGUUGCAAAUUUAUAAAUUAUGUAUGUUUGUUAUCUUAAUGCACUAAUUAUUCAAUAUCAUCAUGAUACUCAGUACAGCUAUUUGCAAUCCAGAGGUUUUUCUUCCGCUACCAAAAAUUUACGAUUUACUAGAGGUCCCGCGGUAGUCUAAAUUCAACUAUAAUAAUUAAUUGGAAUUGUAAGUUUGUACACUACUAUGAUUGUAUUUUAUACUUCUAUAAUCGCAAAUUUCGCCAAGGCUACACUAUAAAAAAAUAUUAUUAUAGAAACAAUAUUUAAUCUAUUCUCAAUUUGACCACAGAUGUCAAGAAUAAAAGUUUGACAAUAAAUAGUAUGCAUGCGUGUGUGCGUCAAAUACGUGGUAUGAAGUGUGUGUAAUGUUUUCUUUAUUGAUUUAAUGUAUCUUUUAUGCAUUAUUUAAAAAAAAUAUUAGCGUUGUGCACUUCUCUAUAUUCUGUCUAAGUGUGGAAAAGGGGAUGGCCCAUUUUAGGCCCAAAGCGGACAAUAGAUUAUAGAAAAAAUACUUAGUGCAUUAAUUUUGUCAUAAAUAAAUAUGCAUUUACUUUCUUGCAAAUAAGCGCCACUAUAGUUUACAAUAAGUAGUUUAAAAAAAGUAACUCUAUUGAAAAAACAAGGAUUUUUAUUUUUGCGGGAAAAAUAUUGCCAGCUUCAAAUCCUUUUACGUAUGAAGUAAAUAUUUUGAGUAUAAUUAUAAAUAAAACAUAUAAAUAAAUCAUUUUAAGUAUUAUCAUUAAUCAAACGAUUUUAAUGGAUUUUAUGCACAUAAAAUAACAUCGAAGACAUACCCAUUGGACUUUAACUUGUAACUAUACUUGAGACCUUAGAACUUAUAUCUCAAGGUGGGUGGCGCAUUUACGUUGUAGAUGUAUGUGGGCUCGAGUAACCACUUAGCAAAACCAGGGUAGCUGUGAGCUCGCCCACCCAUCUAAGCAAUAAAAAAAACUUUACUAGGAUUGUUAUUUAAAUAUGUACAACUAAAACAAAAACAUAAAAAAUAAUGUGUACUCGUAAAAAAAAGAUUAAGAUAUAAAUCAAUUAUCGGUUAUUUAAAAAAAUAAUCGAUAUAUGAAUUUCAUGUAAUUAUUUUUCUUUAUACUGACAACACUGAAUUUAAUCUGACUGAUACUUCGCUUGCUGCUUGUGGUGUUGUGCUUGCGUACAAAAUGGAUGUGUUUUGAUUUUUCUUCGAUUUAUUUUACUUUUAUCAAUAACGUUUCAUACUACGACUAAAAAACAUUGUCUGAAUUGUGGUUUUACCCUGACCGAGAUUUAAAACCGUGUAUAUGCUCUCCUUUGCUAUUUUUAGAUGAUACUAAUUGUGUAUGAAGAUGAAGAAAAUAUAGAUAUUUAAAGAA